GAUCGGAUAUUAGACAGACAGAAGUCCUAGUCUUUACUACUGUUGAGGGAUUCCUGGUUUUAUUUGAGACAGUUUGAUGAGCUGGGUCGAUGGACCCCCAACUGUCUGCCCUCCCACUGCAGCUGCAUGGCAACAGUUUUGCUAUGAGCUCUGGACAAGUGCCAAAACUGAGCGCGGGAUACAAUGAAGGAGAAGGAGGUGGAGGAGGCCAAGAAGCCGAACUUAAUCAGCAAAACAUGACCUCCUCUGCUCAUGUCAGUUCCAGGUUGAACCCAGGUGAACAGUUUCAGUGCCCACUGGAGCCUCUAGUUCACUGCCAUGCCAAGGGCAAGCUGGACAUCAAAAGCAGGAGCUGCAGUCUACUCACCAUCUGCCGCUCAGGAGUAAUUUUCCCCUGGAUGAAUCCACGGACAACUGACUCUGAACAAUCUGUCAGUGCUGGUGUGGCGGCUCACCGGCCAGGCAGAGGAAGGCUCUGUGUCAGGAGGGAGAGAACAGCCUUCACCAACAGCCAGCUGCUGGAGCUGGAGAAGGAGUUCCACUUCAGCCCUUACCUGUGUCGUCCUCGGAGGCUGGAGAUGGCUGCCGGGCUGCAACUCACCGAUCGCCAGGUCAAGAUCUGGUUUCAGAACCGCAGGAUGAGGUACAAGAAGGAGCAUAAAUUUAGAAAGGCGGCAGCUUCGUCCCAGUGGUCUCCCUGCAACCCCUCGCGCAGCUCGAGCUCAUGCGCGGACCUCCUGACGUUUCCAGGUGAAUGUGUUGUUAGAACUUCCUCCUCUUGCUCAGAGCUGCACUCCGUGGAUUACGCUCCUGUGUCCUCCUCCCUCUUUGGCUCUCACAGUGACUCGAGCAGCGGUCAGUGCUUUCACCCUGCGGACCUGCCCCAUCUGAGCUGCAUACUUCCAUCUGUUGCAAAUGGUCCACCGUCCUACUGUACGGGCGUAGAUAGUCAUCACCAUGCUGGCAUUUCAAACUGGCCCUAGGGCCCCAUAAUGGCCAUCCCUCCUGUGCUCAUCAAAAUCUCUAUGAUACAUCCACUUUCACUUACUUAUGAAAGACUGGAGGAUGCCUGAUUAGCAUCCCUAGGUUGAAAUCCCUUAACACACCAGUUCACCAUUCAUGAAACAUUUUAAUUAAACUACGUGAACAUAUCAUAAUUAAAGGAGAGCCACAGUAAUAUCAUUUAUGUUUCUCAGGCACUGCGACGGAAGGCUGCAGGUCUCCAAACUUGCUGCUCAUAUUGUACAUACACAGCAUGCAGGAGACAUUUGAGUAAUUAAUAAUUACAUUGUUUUGCUGUAAUUUUGUGGCUGUUACAUUUGUACUCUCGUUGCAUGUUUAAUGCACGUGGUAAUCAUACUGAGUGAGUUUUCUAUUCCCCUCUGUUUUCAGAUAAUAAGUGGUUGUCAUAUUUUCUAAGUGUCACAUUAGGCCUGUUUUUCAUUAUGUACUUCAAAUAGCAGGUCAUUCGUGUAAAAUGUCUUAACUGUGAAAUGGGCAGAAUAAUGUUCAUAUUGAAUGAUGUUAUAUUUUUUGCUAAAGCCAUUAAAGGAUACGGCAAGUCUUUGAUACUGUUCUUGAUUAAUUGAGAUGUCACAUACUGUACAUGCUAAAUAAAUGCAUUUGGGAAAACUGUA